ACAGCUUCACACAUGAAGCUGUUUUGGAAAUAAGUGUUUGGCAAAAAAAACAGCUCACAACAGCUCAUGAAGCUGUUGUGAGCUGUACCAAACAGGCCCUAAGUUUGCUAAGUCUGAUUUAUUAGUGCAGGAUUUUAGCUAUACUGUACCUGUGUACGCCGACGUGGCUCCCUUCGAUGGAUUAAUUCGCAUUUUUAACCAGUGCGGUAAAACAAAACAAUCCUGAUAUAUGGCGGCGCGCGAUCGCACGUGUAUGUAGUCACAGUACGUAGUCCUCGAAUACAUGCACGAGCACAAAGGUUAGCAUGCGCACCUAAAUUUCUGCACGGCAGGGAGCUAGCGAGCCCGCCGCCGGCCGUGACCCAACUUGGGGCGGGCGUGCUGUUGCGCACGGCGCGUUCCUCCUCACCUCACCAAGCAUGCAUGCUCGAUUCGGUGGCGAAUCGGCGACUCGACCCUGCUUCUCCAUCUUUCGGGCGCCGCCGCCGACGUGCCACUGCCAGUUCCCGUGCUAGCGAGACGGCGCAUCGCAUCAGUGAUUUCUUUAGUGCAAAAAAAAAUAUUACUGGACCGAAUCAGGCCAGGAUCUUUUGUGGCGGGGAUCUAGUUGCGGGCGAUAGCUUAGGCCGGAUAAGUGCUGGAGGGCAUGAUGUGGGCCUCCAAAGAUAUAUAGUUCGAGAACCUCCAACCCAGGAGAGACUAAUGGACAUAAUGGGCCUCGUGCAAGUCCAGUUGCUGCUAGAAUCCGUUGCCGCACAUGCCUCGCGAUUCCUUUUCUUUUCUUCUUUAGCAAAAGAAUCUAUUUUAUCUUAUUAAAUUACUGCUGUAAUCUAAAUUUUCUUCUCGAACUAUAAAACCAGAUAUCACACCCCUGAACUCCCAAAAUUGCUCAAGUUACCACCACACCAAGUUUCAAGUGCUUUUGAAUACAGUUCUAUCUUUUUUUAUUUAAAACAUAUUAUGAUAAAUAGUUAGUACUUGGUAAGGUUUUUAAACCGUAGAAAACACUUCUAGGUUUCUAAAAGUUCCAUAGAAAAUCAUACAAAUAUAUUUGGAUACAGCAAAUGCAAAUAUAAUAUUUAGAGCUUGUGAAAAUACCUCGAGAAACUUACAAAAAUUAUAUUUAUCUAUAGGAAAGAAGAAAAUUAUACCAAAAAUUGUAGAAAAAACCCAAAACAUUAUAAUUUAUGUUUAAACAUGUUUUUAAAACUUUCCAUAACGAAAAAGUGUAAGACACAAUCAACACAAAUGUAUAGCAUGAAUGCAUUCAUUAUUAAUGUAUGUUGCAUUUGGCAUUUCUGGCAUAAAUUUUUUAAAAUGUGUUAAGACACGAUUAAAAUAUUUGGAAUUUUUUUUAGUUUUCUAUAUUUUCCGAAAGCUAAAUCUUAGAAGCUAUUUUCACGAGCUCUAAAUUUUUGUUAGGAUUCUUCACAUCCCAAUCUAUUUCUACAAUUUUCUUAGAAUUUUAGAAGCGUAGAGUCAUUUUUUGUGGUUUAAUUUUUUUAAGCAUUUAUGAUAUUUUAAAUAAACUAAAAAAAGGACAAAGUCGUCUUCAAAACCACUUCAGCCUAGGAAGUUAAUUUAAACAGUUUUGAGAGUUCAAGGUGUGCAAUGUCUAAUUUUAGAGUUCAAGGAGGAAAUUCAUACUACAAUGAAAGUUUAAGGAGGUAAAAUAGUGUUUUUUUUAAUUUUGCUAGAACAUUUGUUUUUUCUUGGUACAACGGUUUUUUUCGGUAGAGCCAAAUACUUUUGUUAUUGUGAUGAUAAAGCUGCAAAAUGUUCCAUGAUGAAGACUUUCAUGGAACAUAUGAUGUUAAAAUGGUAAAAAGAAAAUAAAUCAUGUUCCCGUUGAAGAAAAAAAGGGAACAUAGACGUCUUUCGCUCUCUUUUUGUUUGAUUUGAUAAGAGGAACAUCUCAUGUCCUUCUUUGACUCCUUUUCUCUUUUAUAUAAUAUGAAAAAUGAUUCCAAAUGACAAGUGAAUAGGUCUAAAAGUUAUAAUUGUAAAUAAAUCAGGAUUGAAUCUAUGGAAGCAUUAGUUUAUACAUUCCUUUUAGUUUUGACUUUAGGGUUAUUUUUCGCUAUAUUCUUCCGAGAACCACCUAAGGUUCUGACUAAGAAAUGAAAUAAUUUAAUAGAAGGAAAGAAAGAAAAUUAAUUAAAGUAAGAAGUCCUCCACUUCAAUUAGUUUCCAUGUUCUUCGAAUGGAUCUCUUACUUGUUGAGAGGGUUGUCCAAAAGCGGUAUAUAAGGCAUACCCAGUAAAGCUUACAAGUAAAUCGAAUAUACUGGAAAAAACAUAUAUGGAGAUGGCGACUAAAGUUGUUGUUUUCAUUUUUAAAGAAUUUCAAGUCACAUGGGCGAAACAUCACCUGCCACGCACAACCAACCAAAAAGUGAACUUAGGUCGACACAAACCAGUGACUUAAUCUUGAUUAUAGAUUGAGGUUUUGACAAUAUUUCGAUAUGAUGUAGGUGGAUUUGAUGGAACACAAAUCGACUAGGCCUGCAACUACAAGGUCGCCCACUGUCCUGGUCCAUCAAUUUACAAAGUUGCAGGAGCAGGACUGAAGAGAGUGGACUAGAGAAGCUUAUUUCCUGCUUUUCGCGGAAACCACAAGAUACUGUUAGCUAUAUUUAAACGACCACCGUUACUCAUGCUUCUCCGUACCCAAACAAGCACACGCCCACCAUACAAUUAUUACGAGGUUGCGAUGUAUGGACAAUGGCGAGCAUGCAACGGGGUCCUCCUCCGGCUUAUAGCUUAUAGGAGGCCGCCGGCCAGGGUCCAGGAAACCACUUGGGGCAGCCUCGAGGUUCUCUCCGUCGACAAUGGGUCCUCUCCUCCGCGCCGCCGUGCUCUCCGUCGCGCUGCUCGCCCUCGCCGCCGUGGGCGGCGAGGCGCACAGCGCCAGCGAUUUCCUCAACAUCUUCAAGCCGCGGAACGAGCACGACUACUUCCACAACGCGAACCAGGGGCAGGAGGAGGACGUGAUGCCCCGGGCCAGCGACCAGCAGAACCUCAUCACGGCGCCCGUGAGCUCGACCGGCCUCAUGAACGUGCCGCCCCGGUCCGCGCCCACCGCCGUGGCGCAGGACACGGUGGUGCUCCCCGUGGACAACGCCGCGGGGUUCCCCGGCGCGUGGUCCAUGAUCAGCGAGAACGCCGGCGUGUCCGCGAUGCACAUGGUGAUCAUGCACAGCGACAAGGCCAUCAUGUUCGACACGGUCACCACGGGCCCGUCGCUGCUGAGGCUGCCCAAGGGGAACUGCCGCCUCGACCUCCGGAGCAAGGAGGUCGGCGCCCAGGACUGCGCCGCGCACGCCGUCGAGUUUGACUACGCCACGAACGGGGUCAGGGCCCUCAAGAUCUUAACGGACGUGUGGUGCUCAUCGGGCGCGCUCGACGCCGAGGGCAACCUGGUGCAGACCGGCGGCUACUUCGAAGGGGAGAAGGUUGUGAGGUACCUGAGCCCAUGCGGCAACUGCGACUGGAGGGAGUUCCCGGGGAGCCUGGCCGAAGGAAGAUGGUACGGGACGCAGCAGAUACUUCCGGACGGGCGCUCCAUCGUGCUCGGUGGCCGGCGUGCGUUCAGCUACGAAUUCGUUCCGGCGGAAGGGCAGUCGAACGCGCAAGCCAAUCCCCUGCAGAUACUUCGUGACACCACCGACGACGUGGAGAACAACCUGUACCCGUUCGUGCACCUCCUUCCCGACGGGACUCUCUUCAUCUUCGCCAACGACCGCUCCAUCCUGUUCGACCCCAGGAACGGCCAGGUCGUCCGCGAGCUCCCGGUCCUCCCUGGCGGUGGCCGCAACUACCCUGCCUCCGGCAUGUCGGCGCUCCUCCCGCUCGACCUCCGCCGCGGGGACGUCCUCAGUCCCGAGGUCAUCGUCUGCGGCGGCGCCCCCAAGAACGCCUUCAAGCUCGGCGAGGCCAACACUUUCAACGCCGCUCUCAAGGACUGCGCGCGCAUCAACCCGUUGAAGCCCGGCGCUCGGUGGGCGACCGACCAGAUGCCCGUGCCCCGGACCAUGGGCGACCUGCUGGUCCUUCCCACCGGCGACCUGCUCAUGCUCAACGGCGCCGCCAAGGGCUGCUCCGGCUGGGGUUUCGGGCGGCAGCCCGUGCUGAGCCCGCUCCUGUACACUCCGCGGCUGAAGCGGGGCUCGCGGUUCCGGGCGCUGGCACCCACGACCAUCCCGCGCAUGUACCACGCCUCCAGCGCGGUGCUCCCCGACGCCACCGUGAUCGUCGCCGGCAGCAACACCAACUCCGCCUACAACUUCAGCGGCGUCGACUUCCAGACCGAGGUGCGCGUCGAGCGGUUCACCCCGCCGUACCUCUCGCCGGAGCUCGCGGCGAACCGGCCCGUGAUCGACGUGGGGACAGUACCCGGGGACGGGAUGGCGUACGGGGCCAAGUUCACGCUCCAGUUCUCCACGCCGGGGCAGGCCGUGGUCCAGGACGACGUGAAGGUGACCCUGUACGCGCCGCCGUUCACGACGCACGGCUACUCCAUGAACCAGCGGCUGCUGGUGCUGUCCGUUACCACCUUCACUGCCGACGGGCAGAGACACACGGUAACGGUCGACGCUCCGGGAAAGCCUGAGCUCGCGCCGCCCGGCUACUACAUGCUGUACGUCAUCGCGAAAGGCGUGCCGAGCAAGGCCGCGUGGGUGAAGGUACACAAGUGAGAAGAGAAGGCGGCUCGAUCGGAGGUGUAUGUCCGUCGUCGCGUUUGGCACGAGAAUAUACGUACGUGUCCACCGGAGUAGCUAGCCCUCUCUGACGACCGCAUAGUAGGAGAACGUACGGCAGUGGCUCAGGGCAUGCCUGUGCAUCGGAUUUUGUUUGUUUUCUCCGUUAAUUUUGCAAUCACGUGGUAAGGUGCUCCCUAAUAUUUGGGGGCAAAACAUAUGUUUAGUACAGGGAUAUAUGGAUCGACUCAGAUUAAGUACCAGCGAUCCAAAUUAAUGUGGCGUCGUCAUCGUCCGGUUAUUAGUAGUGUUAGCCUUCCAAUAACAAGGAAGAACAACAGGGACGGAGAAAGUACAAAUGUAUCUGUUGUGGUAUAUAUAUACAUAAUGAUGCACUUUUCCUAUAUUUCUGAAUUUUAAGACGAUAUUUCACUA